UGCAUUUAGUGGGUUGGUGAACCUAAUUUAACACAAAAACCCUUAUCGGCGUGGCCGUAUCCAUUGCCGCUAAUCUCAGCCGACUCUUCCAAAACCAAAAUUACUGUUAUACCCCCAAAAUGGCAGGGCGUGUGUCUCUCACACUCAACAACGGCAGCUUCCUCCUUUCUCCUCCUCCCAAAUCCACCACAACCAUGUCUUCUUCUCUCCGCACUACCACCGCUGCUUCUCGUCUCCUCCGCUACUCCUCCUCCAGAUCUACACUCACUCUCUCCGCUUCUACUUCCCUCUCAUUCGCCAGAUCCCUCGUCUCUUCUCCACUUCUCUCUUCUUCAUCCUUCUCUCAGAAGAGAUGUCGAGUUGCGUCGGUGAAUCGGAGCUUUAGCUCCACCGCCGCUACGAAAUGUUCAGCUUCUUCGGAUCCUGAUCAGUUGAAGAAUGCUAGAGAAGACAUCAAAGAGCUUCUCAACUCCAAAUUCUGCCAUCCAAUUUUGGUUCGAUUAGGGUGGCAUGAUGCUGGUACGUACAACAAGAACAUCAAAGAAUGGCCACAAAGAGGUGGAGCUAAUGGAAGUCUCAGAUUCGAUAUUGAGCUUAAGCAUGCUGCUAAUGCUGGUCUUGUGAAUGCUUUAAACUUGAUUAAGGAUAUCAAAGAAAAAUACUCUGGGAUCACUUAUGCUGACUUAUUCCAAUUGGCUAGUGCUACUGCUAUUGAGGAAGCUGGAGGACCUAAAAUACCUAUGAAAUAUGGAAGAGUUGAUGCAUCUGGUCCUGAGGAUUGUCCUGAAGAAGGAAGGCUCCCAGAUGCCGGUCCUCCUUCACCUGCUAAUCAUCUCAGAGAAGUUUUUUACAGAAUGGGACUAGAUGACAAGGAUAUUGUUGCAUUAUCUGGUGCUCACACCUUGGGAAGAUCUAGGCCAGAACGUAGCGGGUGGGGGAAGCCAGAGACGAAGUACACGAAAGAGGGACCUGGGGCACCAGGAGGACAGUCAUGGACACCCGAGUGGCUGAAGUUUGAUAAUUCUUACUUCACGGAAAUCAAGGAAAAGAGAGAAGAAGAUCUCCUUGUCCUACCCACUGAUGCUGCCAUCUUUGAAGAUUCUUCUUUCAAGGUAUAUGCUGAGAAGUAUGCUGCAGAUCAGGAUGCAUUCUUCAAGGAUUACGCUGUAGCCCAUGCGAAGCUCAGCAAUCUUGGAGCACAAUUUAACCCUCCUGAGUGCAGGGGCAUAAGAACUGAUCAGUAUGAAUCUUUUGUUUAGGGUAUCGUUAUCUGAUGGGGCACCUAACUUACUCGUCCACUGGACUUGUGAUUUUGGAAAACGUAGUUCAAUAAUGUCAAAGAAGAAAAGGGACGAAUCGAGGAAGUGAUGAUGUUGAGAAAGAAAUUUGUCGGAGAACUUUUACUCUUGAGUGCUUUUGCAGAUAUCUUUUGGUUGAUUUUGUUUAGCCGAAAGUAUUUUGAUCGUUUUCACUUUUUAGGGUUCAAUUGUCAUAAUGGUUUUGGGCUUUCUGAUGUUUUUCCUUGUAAUAAAUUGCGGUAACGAUUAUCCAAAAUUCAUACAAGUUUUGUUCUGGCACUGAAUAAAAUACUCAUGUUAUAGUUUU